AUGUCAUCCGCUCCCGAUAUCGAUCCAUACGUUGUUUUGGGGGUCGCGAAAGAGGCGGCCUUACCGGAAAUCAAGGCCGCCCAUCGAAAGCUUGUCCUGAAAUGUCAUCCAGAUAAGAUCCAGGACGAAUCCAUGCGGAGUCAGGCUCAGGACCUGUUCCAGAAAGUACAACAGGCCUAUGAGCUGCUUUCCGAUGAAACCCGCCGUACCAAAUAUGACCAGAAAGUUCGUCUGGCGGAACUCCGCCGUGAAGUGAAUAAGGAACGCGGGGCGUCCUAUUCCUCCACACGGGCCAGUGGUUCCGCCAGCCGGGAGUACCGAGAUGGCCGGAUCUACGAAGAGAGAGCCCCCGCCGAUGCGGGCUUCUUCGACGACGAGAUGCGUUUCACCGAUGAACCCCGCUCGACCACCCGGAAACACGACGAUUUCGGUACUACCCGACCGCGAUCCAAGGGUGCCGAUGACAAGAAAAAGUCCAAAGGUGUUCCGGCCGGUGCCUUUCGCGCUGCAAAGGAGUCGGCUCGCGAAAGCGCAAAGACGUCUCAUUCCAAUCGUGCCAAGAGCCGUACCAAGGAACGCAGACGGGAUGCCUACGAGAAGUAUGAACAUACGACUCCCUAUGUCGACUCGGAUUCCGGUGCAUCUGAUUCCUCGAGCGCCUCGUCUGUCAGGUACGUUCGCGUCAAACGACCUUCCGAAAGACGAAGCUAUGAAUCGUCGUCUCGUAAACCCCAACCUACCGAGUCAUCCUCUCGCCGCCAUGAGAGUCGACGCCACGAUGACGAAGCUUACUCGGAUGAGUGGAGUUCCAAACACGACCUGUUGCACAACACCGCGCAGGAUUAUAUCUUACGCUCCAAGGGUACUGUCCCUGUCGAUGGCGACCGACGCCAUCGUUCAUCCCGCUCUCCGCUCCGCCAUCGCCCCGCUCCUCCUCCGGAGGCCCCGGAGCCCGAAGCAGCCACCUCGCGCCGCUCGGGCCGGUCUACUCGAUCCAGGGAAAACGUUCGUCCCUCAGAAUCCCGUAGUAGCUCAUACGAACAUCUAGAGCAGACUCGGGCUUAUGAGACAAAGGCUCCUCCCAGCAUGCCGACCGCAGCCACUUCUUCUCCCCGGGUCAAGGUCUCGGCCUCCACCCGCCCUCCUCAGCCUACACGAUCCGCGACGGUCGGUGGUUACUCCCGAUCCAAGCGGGAGGGCUCUGGUCGCUCGGAUCCCGUUCUUCUUAACAUGGUUUACCCGGAUGGCACCUCUCGGUCUUCCAAAUUAAGACCAGAGCGAUACGACUCAGGAUACUCUAGCCCUGGUACGCCAGAAAUGCCGGCCGGCGCUAGUCCCCCCAAGACAUCGACUCGCUACAAGAUCGUAACCGAACCGGACACAGUUCUUAUCGAGCCCGAUCUGCCUCCACCUUCAAGACAUCAAAAGGCCUAUUCGCCUCCUCGUCAAGAACAACGCCCUCCACCAUCCACCCGGACUGCAGCCGUCCCCCCACCCCCACAGAAAUUGAGCAGGAGUAGUACAACGUAUGCCUACACUCCUGAUCCAUCCACUCGCUAUGAAAGCACUCGUUCGAGUAGACACCCUUCAACCAAACCUUUAUUCGGAGAGUUUCGCCCGAAAGAAAAGGAUCCCAAAUAUGCCCGUGAAUAUGGGCCCGACUACGGCCGCGAGCCAUCUUCCCGGCAUCACUACGAGGAGCCUCGUGUCCCCACAGGGAGACGACAAUCCGCUUACGCUUAA